AAUCACCACCCAAACCCUUCGUUAGCUCCGCUCCCAUUUCCCAAUUCUCUCUGCUUUCCUCUUCCUCUCUCGCCCCUCCAAUGGCAGUGAAGGGAAAGGGGAAGGAGGUCACGGGCAAGGCCCCAAUGCCGUCCGCCUCCGCAUCCUCCUCUGGGAAGCGUUUGGCGUCCGCCGGUUCCGACCUUCAUCGGAAGAAGCGUCGGCGCUCGGGCGUUCUCCAGUUCUUCGACGAGUCCGCAGUUGAUGCUGGCUGUGAUGACGCUGAAUCAGAUGAAGACGACGAUGAUAAUGUCGAUCGUGAUUUCAUUGAAGAUGAGGCGAAUAAACCUGGAGAUCUUAAGGGAGCUGGAAAAGCCCAUCAACUUCCAUUUCUUGUAAAGGAAGAGGAGUUGAGUGGUGAUGAAUUAGAAGAGCUAAUCAAAGAUCGUUAUGGUCGUGAUUCUAAGUAUGUUGUACAUGAGGAUGAUGCUAAAGUGUUUGAUGAUGUAUCUCACGCACAUGAUAUGAAGGACCCCAAUAUUUGGAGAGUCAAAUGCAUGGUUGGUCGUGAGAGGCAAAUCACCUUCUCCCUCAUGCAAAAGUUCAUUGACUUGCAAAAUUUUGGAAGUAAAUUGCUGAUAAUUUCUGUGUUUACGCUUGACCAUGUUAAAGGUUAUGUUUACAUUGAAGCUGACAAAGCAUAUGAUGUCUCUGAGGCAUGCAAAGGGUUUAUGAACUUAUAUCCAAGCAGAAUAGGUGCUGUCCCCAGAAAUGAAGUUCCUCAAUUGCUAUCUGUCCAAAAUAAAUCAUUUGAAGUUGUUGAAAAUGCAUGGGUUCGCUUGAAGAAUGGGAAAUAUAAAGGCGAUCUGGCACAGGUUGUGGCAGUUGAGGCUGGACAGAAACGAGCUACAAUAAAGUUGGUUCCUAGGAUUGAUCUACAAGCUAUGUCCAAAAAAUUUGGCGGUGGAAUAUCUUUAAAAGAGGCUGAAAUUCCAUCUCCGCGCUUGAUAAAUGCUGUUGAACUAGAGGAUUUCAGGCCUCACAUUCAAGUUAGGCGGGAUCGCCAAACAGGUGAAGAGUUUGAUGUCCUUGAUGGCUUAAUGCUCAAAGAUGGUUUUGUGUAUAAGAAAGUGUCGAUUGGGUCCUUAGUCUGCUGGGGUGUAAAGCCAUCUAAAUCUGAACUCCUGCAAUUUAGUGAGUCAAAUAAAGAUGAACCUGAGGAUUUAGGUUGGAUUUCUAGUGUCUAUAGUGGGCAGCAGAAGAUUAAGGUGGUUGAAGCAUCACAUCAAAAGUCAGAUGAUAAGCAAGGAAAUGGAUAUAAGCUAUUUGACCUUGUUCUGUUCGGCCGUAGGGAUUUUGGUGUUAUCAUUGCUUUGGAAGAUGAAAGCUGUCAUAUACUGAAAGGUGGAAUGGGAUGCCCAGAAGUGGUGACAAUGAAGCAGCAGGAGAUAAAAAGUAUUUGUGCUGAUAAAAUGUUUACAGCUUCUGACCGGAGCAAGAAAACCAUAUACAUUAAUGAUGUUGUUAAGGUUUUGGAGGGCCCCCUAGAGGAUAAACAAGGAGAUGUCCGGCAUAUGUACAGAGGAACAUUAUUCAUAUAUGAUGACUUUCAAACAGAAAGUAGUGGCCUUUUCUGUGUCAAAUCUGAAUUAUGUGAGAAGAUAAUGGACCUCAAAAGUUCUUCUUGUGGAAAGAAGGGUGGCAAAUCAAGCAGUUCAUUUACCCCCUCUGCACCUACAACACUAGAUGGGGAAGAAGAUAACGGCAACUUAUUAAGUAGGCCUCGCCAAAAAAUGAGAGAGCAAACCUACACCGUUGGCCAAACCUUGCGAAUUCGUAAAGGACCCUUAAAAGGGUAUCUUUGCCGUGUUGUUGGUGUAUACCGCAGUGACGUAACUGUGAAACUGGAUUCUCUUGCAAAAGUGUUAACAGUCAACGAGAAUUUGCUUUCUGUUGCUAAUUUGAAGAGGGAUGAGCCAGCUGCCGCUGCUUCCUUUGAUCAUUUUGGAGCUCAGGAUAGGAAGGAUGCAGAUCAAGAACAUGGAGCUAGCCUAUGGGACAGCAAGGGCAUAUUUGGAUCUGUGAGUGGUGCAGGUGAUUCUAGUAGGGAUGUUGAUGGCUGGGAUAAAUCAACUGGACCAAGUGGGGAGCAAAAUAUUAGCUGGAACAAAAAUAUUGAAAAUACUGCUGAUGAUGCAAAUGAUGAUUGUUGGGCCAAGGCUUCAGUGAAGAAAGAAUGUAGCAGUAGUAAUGCAUGGGAGAAGGAUAAGCUUCCAAUGGAUGCAGGAGGGAGCUGGGACACAGAAGGCUUUAAAAAGGCCAAUGAAUCAGUAACUUUGGAUAACCAGAUGAGCAAUUGGGAUAAACCAAGGGCCACUGCAGGUUCUUUUGAUGGCUGGGGUGUUGCAUCUGACAAAGAAAAAGCUGUUAGUUUGGAGGAGGGAAGUUCUUGGGGUAGGACUGCUGCAGAGGUUGCCAAUGACAAAAAUGAUUCUUGGGACACAAAAGGAAAAUGUACAGGUAGAAAUGAAGAAGAUGCCUGGACAAAAGUUGGGUCUCUUGGAAAAGUUGUAGAUGACAGCAAAAGUUGGGGAAGGUCAAUUGAUGGUCCAAGCCAAAGUAAAACAAUUGAUUCAACAUUCCAAGGUGUUAAACAAUCUGGGAAUUGGGACAAUGCUGCAGCAUGCAAAACUGUAUCAGCAGUUAGUGAUGGUAUCGGCAGCUGGGACCAAGUAAAUUCUCCAAGUAGCAAUCAACCUGAAAAAUCAAACAAGGCAAAAGGUGAAUCUAAAUGGGAAAGUGAAGGCUGGGAUAAAGCAGGCAUUUCUACCAAAGGUCAAACCAAUGGAUGGAAUGUUUCAAAAUCUUCUGACCCUGCAGCUGGUUGGGACACUGUGAAAGGUCCAAGUGCUUGCCAAUCUGACAAUUGGAAAAAGGUGGAAGCCCCAAUUGCUGGUGAAAGGGUUGGCUGGGAAAAAGCAGGAAGUUCUAGCCAAAUUGACACAGACAGAUGGAAUGAAUCAAAAUCUUUUGGUGGGCAUCAGCUAUCAAGCUGGGAUAAAGUUGAACAUCCCGCUCAUGGCCAAUCUGAGAGCUGGGGUAAGGCAAAAAAUGUUGGAGAUGAAAGCAGUGGAUGGAGCAAAAAUGGAGUUCCUGGCCAAGAUCAACCAGAUGGGUGGAGUAAGCCAAAAUCAUCUUUUGGUGAUCAAGCAUCCAACUGGAACAAUGAUGCUAACAGUCAUGGCCAGUCUGGGAGCUGGGGCAAGGCAAAAAAUGUUAAUGAAGAUGAAAGUGGAGGAUGGAACAAGGCAGGAGCUUCGUCUGGCCAAGUUCAACAGGAUGGAUGGAGUAAGCCCAAAUCAGGUCAUGGUGAUCAAGUAUCCAGCUGGAACAAUGAACAUAACAUGGAGUCUGGCAAAAAUAAUGAGAACAGCUGGGAGAAAGCCAAAAGUUUUGAAGUUGGUGGGUUUGGUUGCGGAGGGGGGAGAGGAGAAAAUGUAAAUUGGGGAAAUUGGGAGAAUAAAUCAGGUUUUAAUGGAGAGGGAAGCUCAAGUUGGGGUGGAGGAAGGGGUGGAAAUGGUGACUUCGGUAGGGGUAAAGAUGAAGGGAACAAGUGGAGCCAGCCGAGAGACUCUGGGCCAAGCUGGGGAAGAGGACGAGGUCGGUUUGGAGGACGAGGAAAUAGAGAUCAAAAUGACAGUUGGAAUGCAGGGGGAGAAUCUGAAGGAGGCUGGAGACCUGGAGGUGGUAGGGGCAGGGGUCGAAAUGGGGGGAAUAAUGAUAACAAUUGGAAUGGGGUGGGUGAAUCUGAAGGUCGAUGGAGAUCUGGAGGUGGUGGUAGGGGUAGGGGUAGGGGUCACAAUGCAGGGAAUAAUAAUGACAGUUGGAAUGGGGCAGGAGAAUCUGGAGGUUGGAGAUCUGGAGGUGGUGGUGAGGGUGGGGGUAGGGGUCACAAUGUAGAGAAUAAUAACGACAGUUGGAAUGGGGCAGGGGAAUCUGGAGGUUGGAGAUCUGGAGGUGGCGGUAGGGGUAGGGGCCACAAUGGAGGAAAUAAUAAUGACAGUUGGAAUGGGGCUGGAGAAUCUGAAGGAGGUUGGAGAUCUGGAGGUGGUAGGGGUAGGGGUAGGGGUCGAAAUGCGGGGAAUAAUGAUAACAGUUGGAAUGGUGUGGGAGAAUCUGAAGGAGGUUGGAGAUCUGGAGGUGGUAGGGGUAGAGGUCGAAAUGCGUGGAACAAUGAUUACAGUUGGAAAGGGGAGGGAGAAUCUGAGGGAGGUUGGAGAUCUGGAGGUGGUAGAGGAAGGGGUCGAAAUGUGCGGAAUAAUGAUGAUAUUGCUGGCGGUCGUAGUUGGGGACGUGGCCAGGGUAGUGGUAGUGGUAGUGGUAGGUUUUACUCAACUGAUUUGAAGAAUGAUGAAGAUAAAUUUAAUGGAAAUUUUGCCGGUUCAAGUUGGACCAACAAUCAAUAUGGUGGCUGGGAUAAAUCCAAAGCUGAUGGCCAAAGUGAAGCCACUGGAGGAAUUAGCAGCCGACAAGGCAGGUGGAAUGGAGGAAACUCUGCCGGUUCAAGUUGGGACAACAAUGAUCAAUAUGGUGGCUGGGAUAAACCCAAAACUGAAUUUAAAAAUGAAACAGCUGGAGGAAGUAGUAGCCAACAAGGUGGUUGGGAUGGAGGAAAGUCUGCAGGUUCAAGUUGGGACAAGAGUCAGAUUGGUGGCUUAGAUAAAGCCAAAGCUGAUGGUAUAAGUGAAGCAGCUGGAGGAAUUAGCAGCCAUGGAGGUGGUUGGGAUGGAGGAAAGUCUGCAGGUUCAAGUUGGGACAAGAGUCAGAUUGGUGGCUUAGAUAAAGCCAAAACUGAUGGUACGAGUGAAGCAGCUGGAAGAAGCAGUGGCCAUCGAGGUUGCUGGGAUGGAGGAAAGUCUGCAGGUUCAAGUUGGGACAAGAGUCUGAUUAGUGGCUUAGAUAAAGCCAAAGCUGAUGGUAAAAGUGAAGCAGCUGAAGGAAGUAGCAGCCAUCGCGGUGGGUGGAAUGGAGGAAACUCGUCCGGUAGGAAUGACUCAUCUGGGUGGGAUAGCUCUUCUCAGGCUGCUAAGAAUCACUCUGACUGGGUUAAGGAUGUCAGUUUUGGUGAAGAAGCAGGUGAGUUUUCUAGUUGGAAUAGCAACAAAGAUGAAGCCCAGAAAACCUCCACUGCUGACAAAGGAGGCAACAGCUGGGAUAAACCAGCUGGGAACUGGGGAAACACGAAGGACAGCGAUGGUGACAAAGGUGGCUGGUAAGUUUUGCUUAAUGAAUUAUGCUAUCUGAAACCUUGUAGUUGGUGCUUGCUGUCAAUUGUAAAUAAUCGCCAACCUUCUAGCUUUGCAGUAGUUGGUCGUCUGUGUUGUUUUUGCUUUGUAUUUUCGCCUGUUAAUGUAAGUGGUUAAUUUCCCCAGGGUGACUGUCUACUAGAAUGAUGUUUGAUUCUUAUGUCUGCAGUUUUAGUUCAGUCAUUCAACUAA